AUGACUGUAACUACUACCGCCACUAAUGGCUUACCGACGGCCUUCACCCCAAUCGCCUGCCGCACCUCCCUUCUUCCCCGAGCCUCUGCUCACGGUGUGAUCAAACAUCUCUCCUCCGCCGCCUCCGUCCUCGAGAAGGUACGCCUCAAGGCCCUGCCGGACCUCAGCUCCGCACUCCAGGUAUGUACAUCCUCUCUCUUUCUUUCAGUUGUUUAUUUGUGACCACUGAUGCCUGCACUUUCUCGAUUGUCUGGCGAUCGUGGAAUAGUUGUCAACGUCGAAGUCGCAUCGUGAGCCAGGCGCAGUCCGCGACUGCGAUCGGUGCAUACACUCUAUGUGAUGUUACUCUGCACUCUUACGGACUAGGCCUUUUGCUCUCCGAGUUUCAUCGUCCAUUGGUGGAGAUUCAAGUAUUGGCAGGUCAAGUAUUUUGAAGGCCAUUGCCGUCGAUAGUCGGGCCAAGGCCUCGGACUACGGCAAGAUCGGCAAAGGCGUCCGUGCUGGAGAUCUUCAGCAACUCUGCAUCCGUCUCUACUGCAGCCAUCACUGGUGAUGGGUUCAAGUGAGAAUCCAAAACGCCAGACCAAUAAACUUCUUGUUCCAAUGAUCGCAUCUUCUUCUUUUGAACUGCUUCCUGGAACUCACCUGUUCGCUUCUAUCGACACCUACUAGUCCUUGAUUCCACACGAAGCACGUCUUUAGAGAGGGGGCCUCUGAUCAGUCAUCGCCUUUAAAGCAACUUUAACAAGAAGACAUCAAAGCCUAACUUUCAGCUUCCAAGGUUGGAUUGAGUUAUCUCCUCAGUAGACAACACUCCAGACACCGUACGUUAACGCCUAAUGGUGGUUCAACAAUGCGUGUGGUUUGCUGCGUGUUUAGGUGGGCGUUGGAUCUAGGCUAGAUCGUUUGUCUCAGUCAGACCUACUGGAGGUGGGUUUGGGCGCGGUGGCUAGCGUACCACGAAGCUGCUGUUUAACGUUGGUCACACACGGGUCCGAAUCUCGCAUGGCUAACAGGUGGCGAUAAUCAGUCAGAACUGUCAAGGUACAGGCAAUGAUAGAUCAGAACGGAGCUGGCCAAGCCAGAUGAACUUCAGCUCAACAGUGGGCAACAGGUCGGGUUAUUAGAACCAUUAGCCAGUUAACGUACUUUUUCCCGCGGCACAAUCCUCCCACUCCUGUUAUCAUCCUGAGAGUGGGUUGUCCCGUAGGAUGCAGCAGUGGCAGCCUGACAGCGCCCCUCCUUUCAAGCAAUUUCCAGUCCUAACCGAGUAAUAACGUCUAAAACACACUGGUGAUGAAAUUGCGGAAAUUCGCGACAGGGAUUCAGUGUAUAUAUAUCUGCUCAGCUCUUAGAUCGUUUUUUCUUCCCGCAUAGACUGGCCACUCGUCUGCGCACACGUCACCCGCAUUCUGCGCCCACGCUCCCUUACUUGAGAAAGACACUCACGUAUGCUGACUACACGACCCACCUGUUGGCUUUUUCGAGCAUAUCGCCUCAAAAGCCAGCCUAACCUUGCUUUUCUGCUGCUGAUUAUACAUAGCAACAUGCUGUAUGUUGAAUGCUUUGUAGUAAUUUGCCUAGUUCUACUCCCACCUUCCUUGUGCGUUUUCCGUUGUUAAACCGCCCCAAUGACCGACCAAUUACACAUGCGCCGCCCAGCCUCUGUAAUGGCAGUAGAGUGGCAUAAUUUAGCAAGACAUCUACAUGCAGCCCAAAAUCGUCGCGCUGUGACCUGGUAAAGACUUACUAAAAAAAACUAUCAUGCCUACCAACCCGACUUCUGAACUUUUCGGCAGAUUUUACUUUCUAUGCCCGUUUCUUUUGUGGCGUGUAUGGCACUUGUGUAUGCAGGAGUUCUCAUUGGCGUCUUCUACCACUUCUGGUUACCUCGAUUACCACCAACCCUAACUGGUAGUCUUGUGGAGGUAAUCUUUGGUGUAAUUUCCGAUCUCAAGCAGUUGCGCACAAAAGCUACCUGUCCCCUUGUAGUUUUCUGUUUAUGGAGGGCCACUUCUCAGUCUCAUGCUCGGCGAUGGCGUUUCUUGGAAAAGAAUCGGACUCGAUCGCUGGAACAAUAACUUUGCUCGCCGACGUUUCAACCCCCAAACCCGUCAUCAAGGCUAGUGGGGUCCGCAAGGACUGCAGUACUUAUAAGACGCGAUUGUUAUACCUCUCCGCCCUCAUUAAAAUUGGCAGAUAUCUCAUUCAUCCUAGGUAGUCAUAAGUACUUUGAUGAUUGCUUGACCCACCUCGUCCGGGUAUUUAAAUGUCGCAAUUUCGUCAUAAAUUUAGGUUAUGGACGUGAACAUUACAUGGCGAUUGGGGUCAGAGAUACUGUCAGUGGGAGCUGUGUUCGCUCAUGUACUCCCUACGUGGGCAGUUACUCUGCCCAGACAAAUUUUGGUGCUGAAUGUGGGGAGGGGAGGUCCUUGCUCAUGUGGACGGACUACGGUCGAAAGAACACGACUCAAACAGCUCGCGACUCACAUGGUUGUCACCUCUCUGGAGAACUUGGGCCCUCUGGGACUUGAAAGUGUGACCCGGUUCCCUCGGAUGAGUGAUGACUUGUGAGCUGGCGUCAUUCAUCUUCACUACCAUUACGUGUUCGUCCCUCCGCGUCUAUAACCAUCUUUCAGUCUCUCUGAGGUCUCUUUGUUCACAACUGCACCACAUACAGCAAACGAAUCUGGCCGUUUCCUGCUGUGGGAGCGAGUUAUUCAGCCUUCUCACUUAGCGCCUGAUGGUAGCCUCUGGUCUCUCUGCAACCCCCAAUCCAAGUGGCAUGAGACAGUGGCUGAUGGCCUACGAAACACUCCUGACUUACUGCAGCGCUCGCCAACAUCUGGCGUCAGUGCGCUAUGCACCGGUUGGCAAAGUUAUGCGAGGCCAAAGGCCCCGCUGCCAUAGAAUAAAACGAAUCGCAAGCCCCCCGGCUAAGACCGCCUUCAGUGAUAUUAUAGGCUAGCCAAAUCGCCAAGUGAUAACGCCGACAACAAACACGGGCGAUGAAAUUACGGUAAUUAACGACUCGGAUGCAAGCCAGCAGGCAGUCAUUGUAUCAAUUACAGCCAUCUAUGAUGUAUGUGGGAUCUGCUAAUUUUAACAGGUUCUGGAAUUCCUAGCAACAACAUCACAUAAAUACGCCAACCCCUGUGCACCCUCCACCCUUGUCCGUAGCCGUCUCUAGUGAUGGGUUCGGGUGUGAGUCUGGAGCGCCAGGCGAAUACAAUUCUUGUUCCUGCGGUCUGGUUUCCCUCUUUUUGACUGCUUCCAGAACCUCGUCUUUUUGGUUUCUAUCGCCUUUAUAAUGCUCCCAAACUCUGACACGAUCUAAAGACCCAGACACCUGCUUCGGUGAUUUACUGCGCUAAACGGGAUAACCAGGAGGGUGCUCGGUUAAUUAUUGGACCCCGGGGCAUUGACUGCGUUGUUUUGGUAGUGGUGAGGAUCCUCAGCCUUAUUUAUCCGAUACGGGAAGCUAGCUGUGGAGAGGGUUGUUUGCACCGAGGAAAUCAGACGCCGGUCGAUUUUGUUAUUCUCCUUGAUCCACAAGCAAAACGGCAUUUGCAAUUGUUUUCCCUGGUAGUCAUCCGAUAUCAGCAUAGUUUCCCACCGGCUGGUUUUUUGAAGUGUUGCUCAGGCCACACAAUACAUUUCCGUUGGAGUCAUGGGUACCGCGGAACACCAGAAUGUUAGACUCCUGUGAGUACUGUCAAAACAAUGGAAGAUUUUUUUGGAAUUUGAGAGAUUUUCUCAUGGAUUUCUUGACGAUCGCCGUGUCAUCCGACUCAGUGGCGGAGAGGAGUGUGAUUGGUACGCUUGAAGGUCAGGGGUUGAGUGGCUGCGUUGACUGUUCUCACGCUACAAGUGAGAGCUGAAGGGAGAUUGAAAUCGUAGUUCACCAGGGGUAGGACAGUUUUUUACUUAUAGAAACAACCCUCGAACAUUAUUUUCAAAUUUGACGACAAGGUCGACGAGCAGAGAAGAGCGCAAGUAUAAUUGCACACAAUGGUCACGUAACCCGACAGUGAAGUCUAACAACCACAAGACCAAUCAAGAAUGAACCAUUAGGACAGGUGUAUCAGAAUCCUACUUCAUGUGCCCCCCUCUCCCUCCCAAACGGGUCACGUGAUAGAUGCGUUGGACCAACACGGGGAGCCAUAUCGAAUUCUGGCAGGCGUUAUCGGAAUGCGCCUCAUGACAAAUGCCAGAGUCCGUUUCUGGCUGAGGUCGCGCACAUUGAGACCCCUGCAGCCCUCCCCAUUGUUGUUGUUGUUGUUGGUUGAAAUCCUGGUCAUUUGCUAUGAGGACCAAGGGGUUGUGGAGUGGAGUGCCGAGGUGCGGGCUCGGCCGUGCCACCCACCUGCGCCUUUCCCUACCUCCCGUCUUCUUGUCUCUGUCUUGGCGCCGGGUCCAGAUGGGUGAGAAGGAGGAGGAGGAGGGGAGUGUGAUAGAUGGUGUGCAAGUCUGAUACCUCCAUAAACUAAUUCACGCACAAGUCACCGUGCCUGCUUCACCUUCCUGUGGAUCACACGAUGGGCAUCGUCGGAUGCGACGGUCGAACUGUCGCGUUCGAAAGGUCCAAAUGAAGUCUAGUUUUAUAAUGAACAUGCAUGUGAAGGUAUGUGGCAUUGUUUUUCACAUCAUGAUGUCGAAUAGGAGUUCUUUUUUACUCAAGAGAGUAGUAAUGUAAACCUCUUCAGCCUAUUAAAAGUUUUGUGGCUUGUAAGUGACCACUGUCUUUGCCCACCUAAUUUACAUAUUUUUUUGAAAACUGCAGACAUGUGUUCUGUGUACUCCAGUGGCAGACGAGGGCACCUCGAAUAGGGGCCACGACAUGUCCCGAUUAUAGACGUUUUUGGCUGUAGACACGUGGAAUAUAUUUUUGCCGAAGCUGGCGGCCUUGUGUAAAGCACACUGCGUCGGCAUUACAAAUUACUGGCCUCUCUCUCUCCCUCCCCAGUCUCUGCAAUUAUUGUCCGUUUUUGUCCACCAAUGUGCGCUCGCUGCCACUGUCUGUUCGCCAGUCACAAGACCGGUGGGACUGCCUGCUAUGUCAAACCCUAAGUAAUUUGCGUUUACCAAUGUAAUAAUAAUUUUUCACCUGUGUCGGUUUCCUUUUGAUCAGACUGUGUUUACCACCCUUCGGUUCAUCCAACUAAAAUUGGCGCAGUUACUGAAGGAAGAGAGGCGGCGCUAUCCCCCACUCCUUUUUGCCAUCUUUAUCCAAUCGUAAAAAUCGCCUCCACAAAAAAGGGCGUUGACGCCGUAAUAAAUCCACUAACACACCUACCUCUCCGUCAUCUUCGUGAGCGUUAAAAUCUUUGCAAUCGACAAAAAGUGCGGUUAGCUCAAUGUGACUGUGUGAAAAAUCAAAGACUCACAAUGAGAAAAUUCGGGGAACCACAUGUUGUUUUUGCCAGAAUUACCGGAAAUAUUAAGUAGUUGCAGAAACGUUUGCUCCUCUACUUGCACGCCUUAUGUAAUGAAGUGUUUUUUUUUAAGUUGGACCCAUCCGUCGUCCUCAGAGACAACCAACCCCAGAACUCUACACCACCAGGCCCUGCAGCUCCCGUCGCCAACGCUUCCGCAUCGGAGACCUUGGAAGCCCCCCUUUCAGUUGCCUCCAAAGAACAUAAAUCGCGAAAGGUAGGUGACAUAAUCCUCAUCUACCGUUUUAUUACCGAAGCUAACAGCCUGUGAAUGAUUUUCGUGCCAAUUCAGGCCCCCCGCCCGACCAUUUGAUCAUUGUCUACUUUGCGAAAACUUUAUUUCUGUCUGACUGUCGUGGAGUGCGUUAUUAGUGGACUACAGUGAAACCCUAUACCCUCUUCCAUUGCAGUUUUCGUUAUGCAAAGAGGAUUCAGAGAUUAGUAUGACAAGAUUAAAUAGAUCACCAGUUGCCAGCACUGGUAUUAGCUAAAAACGCAGCCACGCGUGUUUUCCCGAUCCUGCGACGCCACGCGGGGUUCGGCUCCUCCGUUCAUGCAUAUGGGGCUGCAAUCAUCACACCAACUUCUGUGGCGAAUAGCCAUCCUGACUGGUCUGGCGUCAUUGUUCAAGACCUCGCUGUCUCAAGGUCAUUCACCCCUUGCAGCGAGCCGUCC